AUGCCUAUAGAAGGGAUCUUUGUCUCUGGCUUCGUCAAUUUGUUGUUUGGGAAGAUGACCUCUUUUGCCUCCUCGAAAUUACCAACCUUUGAAGGAAUUGAUACCCAGCUGACCAAUUGGACCAAUAUGCUGUCUCAAAUUGAAGCUUUUCUGAUUGACGCGGAGGAGAAGCAACUGACAGAUCGAGCCGUGAACCUGUGGCUCGACGAUCUCCAGGAUCUGGCAUAUGAUUUGGAUGAUUUAGUGGAUGAGUUCGCCACCGAAGCUUUGCAACACAAGCUCAAGGCAAAGCAGCCACAAGCUAGUUCCAGCAAGGUAUGGAACCUCAUCCCUAAUUUCAAGCCGAGAGAUGUUUUGUUUAAUUUCAAGAUGAAGUCUAAGAUUGAGGAGAUCAAUACCAGAUUGCACAAUAGUUUUGAACAAUGUUCAAAACUUAAUUUGGUUAAGAUUGUUGGAAACACCCCUACACCUACGACUAAGACUUGGCAAAGACCAGACUCUACAUCUUUAUUUGAUGAACCUUGCAUUUAUGGCCGAGAAUAUGAUCAAAGAAAGAUAAUUGAGUUGCUCGUAAGGGGGGAUGAAUCAAGUCAUAACAACAUUGGUGUAAUUCCCAUUGUGGGUAUGGGUGGGAUUGGCAAGACCACCCUUGCUCAGAUGGUAUACAAUGAUGAAACUGUGCAGAAGCAUUUCGAUCUAAAAGCCUGGACAAAAAGUGACAUCCUUCCUGCUUUGAGAUUAAGCUAUCAUGAUCUCCCUUCGCAUUUGAAGCAGUGCUUUGCAUACUGCUCAAUAAUACCCAACGACUAUGAAUUUGAGGAAGAGGAACUAGUCUUGUUGUGGAUGGCGGAGGGCUUCAUUCAGCAACAAAGAGAUCAGCAAAUGGAAGAUGUAGGAGGUGAGUACUUUCGGGAAUUGCUGUCAAGGUCUUUUUUCCAACCAUCAAGAACCGGUGAAAGCUCUAAAUUUGUGAUGCAUGACCUCAUCAAUGAUUUGGCUCAAGUAGUUGCAAGAGAAACUUGUUUUAGAUUGGAGGAUAUAUUGAAAUAUCCGGAGCAGUGCAAGAUUAUAAAGAAAGCUCGACAUUCAUCUUAUAUGCGGAAGCAAUAUGAGGGUAUGAAAAAAUUUGAGAUUUUCAACAAAGCCAUGCAUUUACGAACCUUCUUACCAUUUAACUUACCAUAUGGUGUGAAUUGUCAUUUGGCAAGCAAUGUUCCCUUUAAUCUAUUGCCGAAGCUAAGACGCUUGAGAGUGCUCAAUAUGAGUAUGAGAAAAUAA